CUCUCCUUUCUAUAAAUCUAUUUGACAAGUCCUGAUAGAAUGCAGGAAAACACGGCUAAGACCUUUUCCAUGUCCCUUCUCUCACUUUGCCUACUUCCUUUUCUCUUCCAGGCAAAGUGCUCAAGUCCCCUUGCCCCGGCUCUUUACAUAUUUGGAGAUUCACUUACAGAUAGUGGCAACAAUAAUGUCCUCAACACACUUGCAAAAGUGAACUAUAAACCAUAUGGCAUAGACUUCCCGGACGGUCCAACAGGCAGAUUCACCAAUGGCAACACUUUUGUAGAUUUUCUAGCUCAAUUUCUUGGGUUACCUGAUGUUCCUCCAUACUUGGGUCUUUCAGUGGCUCAAAAGAGCAGUACAAUAACCGGAAUGAAUUAUGCAUCGGGAUCGGCUGGCAUCCUCCGAGAAACAGGAACUGCAUUAGGAAACAUAGUGUUAGUAUUAAAUUGA